GUCCGAGGAGCUGGCCUUUUAGCACAGCCCCAGCCUCCCACGCUCGCAGUUCCAGGCUCCAGGCAGAGCAUCGUCCGUCCGUCCGUCCGCGCAGCCCAGCAGCUCCUCGUCUCGUUCCCCGAGUGAACAUGGCAAACAAGGGCCCCAGCUAUGGGAUGAGCAGAGACGUGCAGUCCAAGAUCGAGAAGAAGUACGAUGACGAUCUGGAGGAGCGCCUGGUGGAGUGGAUCGUGGCGCAGUGCGGGGCGGGCGUGGGGCGUCCCGAGCGCGGCAGGCUGGGCUUCCAGGUCUGGCUGAAGAACGGCGUGGUCCUCAGCAAGCUGGUGAACAGCCUCUACCCAGAGGGCUCAAAGCCCAUCAAGGUCCCCGACACCCCUCCCACCAUGGUCUUCAAGCAGAUGGAGCAGGUGGCGCAGUUCCUGAAGGCGGCCGAGGACUACGGCGUGGUGAAAACGGACAUGUUCCAGACCGUCGACCUCUUUGAAGCCAAGGACAUGGCGGCCGUGCAGAGAACGCUGAUGGCCUUGGGGAGCUUGGCGGUGACCAAGAACGAUGGCCACUACCACGGGGACCCAUCCUGGUUCAUGAAGAAAGCCCAGGAGCACAAGCGGGACUUCAGUGACAGCCAGAUGAAGGAGGGGAAGAACAUCAUCGGCCUGCAGAUGGGGACCAACAAGGGGGCCACGCAGUCGGGCAUGACGGGCUACGGGCGGCCCCGGCAGAUCAUCAGCUAAACGGCGCCGGAGCCAGGCCGACCAACCCCACCCCAACUAGGAACUGGCCUCCGCCCCCUCCCCCCCGAGCCCAGCCGCGGCCAACGCACCAAGCCACCGGGGCCCCGAUGCCCCCGACCGCACUGAAUCGACGUCGAUUGGAUGUUUAUUGAAAAAGCUUCUCGAAAAACAACCCCCCAGCCCACCGACGACGCGUGGAGGGAGGCGGGGGCCCCCGAUCAGCUGCCAGCCCUGGCCACGUGCUGCGUCCCCAGGGCCCCCCAGACCUGUGCAUGCUCCCAGCUUCGCUCCCCGCCGCUUCCGUGCCUCCAGCUACAUUUGUCUGCUGCGUUGCAGAGCUGGCUGUCGCACCCGCCGGCCACCGCGGCCCGCGCCCCAAGCAGGCCGCCCGACUGGCACAUCCCUGUAGCGCCUGUGCAGCUGCCCAGCCUGUCAAUAAACCUUGCACAAGCGAAAGCGAACGCUGUCCAUCCUUGCCAAGGGAGGGGGUGACAUAAGCCUCGGUUUUGUAUUUUUUUUUCCUUUGUCAGAAUUAAAAAGAAAGGUUGUGACUCUU